CAACUACCAACACAACUCCUUAUUUACUCACAAAAUUUCUUCACGCAAAAUGUCAAUCCCUUUUUAAAAUCCUUUCUCUUUUUUUCUCUCUCUCUUCGCUCCAUGCUUUUAAAUCUUUGUUUCUGGAGAGAAAGAGAGAGAAAGAGAGAUUGAAAUCGCAGCAAAUCGAAAUGAAUGUAUAAUGUGUGAUUAUUGCUUUCAAUUCCGUUUCUGAUUCUUGAUUCUCUUCUUUGGCGAUUGAGGAUUCUUGACAAUGGCGGUUUCAUCUCCUUGUCUUGGCCUUGCUGAGAAGAAGCAAUGGUGGCUCUCUGACAAACAGAUGGCGAUUAGGUAUGUGAAAGAUGCGAAGUGUUUAAUCGGUGCUGGUAGGGAAAAUGAUGUGGUUUCGGCUUUGAAUCUACUCGAUGCGGCUCUGAUACUAGCGCCGAGGUUUGAACAGGCGUUGGAGCUUAAGGCUCGCUCGCUUUUGUGUCUUCGCCGGUAUAAGGAUGUUGUGGAUAUGCUUCAGGAGUAUCUUCCGAGUAUGAGGACGACGCUGAGUCGAAGCGGAGGGGAUGACUCGUCGUCUGGAUCGGAGAAUUCGUCGCAACAGUUUUCGAGAGAGCAAGCGAAGCUUCUCGCUUCUUCGUCUUAUUCUUCUUCUUCUUCUUCGUCUUCUUUGUCGUAUUGUUCUUCUUCGUUAUUGGAGUUGCAGAACCACGACUCCUCGUUCAACUGCUUCUUCUCCGUCGCCGAUUUGAAGAGAAAGAUCAUGGCGGGACUCCUCUGUAAAAGGUGCGAGAAGGAGAGCCAAUGGAGAUACGUGGUAUUGGGCCAAGCUGCCUGUCAUCUGGGCCUAUUAGAGGACGCCAUGGUUCUCCUCCAGACCGGCAAACGCCUCGCCACCGCCGCCUCACGCCGGGAAAGCACCGGCCGUUCCGAAGACGGCUUUUCACUCCCCAGUUUUCCAGUGCUUCCUACCACAACCACCGAAGCAGACACCACUGCCGCCCUCCUCAGCCACGUAAAGCUCCUCCUCCGCCGCCGAACUGCUGCCCUCGCCGCUCUCGAUGCUGGCCUCCCCUCCGAGGCUAUCCGCCUCUUCACUAAGAUCCUUGAAGGUCGCCGCCCCGCCCCUCAAACCUUCCUCGCCCAAUGUUUCCUCCACCGCUCCUCCGCUUAUCGUGCCGCCGGCCGCACUGCCGACUCCAUCGCCGACUGCAACCGCACACUCAUCCUCGACCCGACCUGUAUCCAAGCCCUCGAAACCCGAGCCCAUCUCUUCGAAUCCAUUCGUUGCCUCCCCGAUUGUCUCCACGACCUCGAACAUUUGAAGCUCCUCUACAACUCGAUCCUGAGAGAUCGAAAGCUUCCUGGUCCGGCGUGGAAGCGUCACAACGUGCAGUACAGAGAAAUUCCCGGGAAGCUCUGCGCGUUAACGGCGAGAAUCCAGAAAUUGAAACAGAGGGUUGCUUCGGGUGAGAAGAACAAUGUCGAUUACUAUGGUUUGAUCGGAUUGCAACGUGGGUGUUUAAGAUCAGAUCUUGAAAGAGCCCAUUUAUUGCUCUGCUUGAAGCACACGCCCGAUAAGGCAACUGGGUUUCUAGAUAGAUGCGAAUUGGGUAAUGAUUUUGAUAUGGAAUCCAUUAGAGAUAGAGCUAAAAUGUCGGGGUUGUUUCUGUAUAGGCUCCUGCAGAAAGGGUAUUCGAGUAUCAUGACGACAAUUAUGGACGAGGAAGCGGCAGAGAAACAGAGAAAGAGAGCUGCGGCGAUUCAAACGCAGCAACAACAACAACAACAGCAAAGCCAUGCAAAAGCUAUUGAUGAAAUAGAAUCGAAACAGGAGGAGAUUUCGGGAUCAAAUUCGACUCAUAAUAAGUCGGUUUAUCAAGGGGUGUUUUGCCGGGAUCUCGCCGUGGUGGGGAAUUUACUGUCGCAAGUCGGAUUUGGACGUCCUAUUGCAGUGAAGUAUGAGGCUUUGAGCUGUUAGUUUCAGGUAACUGACCGUCGGGGGGAAUCUUCAUUGUUUGUAUAAAAAGGCAAGGCGGUGGAACUGCCGGAGAAAUUUUGUCGCCAUUCUGGUUUGCUUUUCUUGGCCCAUUCAUGUACAGAUUUUUUAACUUCACUUUUUUUCUUCUCAGUUUCGAAUAUGUCACUAUUUUUGGGCUUUGGGC